AUGCCUCGACAAGAAUCUAUUCCUGUCGCAGCCAAUGUGCUCGGGACUAUAGGCACCAUCUUAUGGUGUAUCCAGCUCGUCCCUCAGAUAUGGAGAAACUAUCGGUCGAAAUCCACCGAAGGCCUUCCCGCAUUAAUGAUGUUCAUUUGGGCAACCUCAGGAGUACCCUUCGGAACUUACGCAAUUGUACAAAACCUCAACAUCCCUAUACAGGUACAAGCCCAGGUUUUUGCCUCUCUAUCCCUCAUUUCAUGGGCACAAUGCCUCUGCUAUGCCCAUGGAUGGAGAGCCUGGACUGCUUCUCUACUGGCCUUGGGGACGGGCAUCGUAUAUGGUGGCGCUGAGGCUGGUUUGAUACUUACCCUCAAACCAUUAUACGAGAAGGGGAUUGAGUGGCCCAUGUUGAUUGUUGGGGUUAUUGCUUCUAUCCUUCUUGCGGCGGGCUUGGUACCGCCGUAUUUCGAGAUCUGGAAAAGGCAUGGGAGGGUUGUUGGAAUCGAUUUCAUAUUUCUUUCUAUUGAUUGGGCAGGAGCGUUUUUUUCGCUUAUGAGUUUGGUGGCACAGACUACGUUUGACUAUAUGGGGGGAGUUCUUUAUCUGGUGUGCUUGCUACUCGAGACUGGGAUAUUUUUCUCGCACUGGAUCUGGCUAUUCCGCACUAGGAAGCAAAGAGCGGCGGAGAGGGUGGCAGAAAAGGAAGGAGAGGAUGCGGGAGUGAGCGAUUCGGUCGAAGAGAAGGAGAUGCAAUCAAGUAGGAAUAGUGUCAAAGAGGACAUAGGAAGUAAGGUUUAA